AGCAAGAGCAACGCUUGGACUGAAGCCAGAGGGUCAUCACUCUGCUUCCUCAUUGCCAGCAGGCUUUGUUCUUUGGAAUCAGCCAGAACCAGGGAGAACGUCUUCACUGCUGAGCGCGAGUGGCUGGAAUUUGGCAACUCAGCUGUCUAUUAAUUUUUUCUCUGCUUUUCUGCAAACUAGGCUGAAUCUAGAGCAGCAAAGCUGAGAGCCGGGAAUAGUUCAGAAAUAAAGGAUCCAGAGACCAUCAGCUAUACUUUUCUUUGCGGGGGCUUCAGUUCCACAACGAUGGUUCUGUGAAGGAGAAGAACUCCAGAAGACCCCCGACGUUCCGAUCCAUUCUAGAAGUGGAGGACUUCAUUCAUUAAUUAUAGCAGAAGCCUUUGAGGACAAUACUGGACCUAGAGUUGUCUGGCCUCAAAUUCUGCUGGUUCAGAGAGCACACCAGCUGAAAUAUUCCUUGAAGGUGCCGGUUCUACAGAUUCAGAGAGUGAAAAUUUAAUUUUCAAAUCAAAAUCUGGAGCUAUGCCACAGGCCCAAAAGAAAACCACCUCUGUUUCCUUGACAAUAGGAUCUUCUACACCUAAGUCUGGAGUCACCACAGCUGUAAUUCAGCCUAUCUCUGUGCCCAGUCAGCAGGUUCAAAGUCCUACUUCAUACCUCCACAGUGUGGAUGGACCUAAGCCUAUCUAUUCUGCACCCAUUUUUACAAAGGAGCUACAAAACUCCACAGCAUCUGAGGGACAAGUCGUGGUAUUGGAAUGCAGGGUCAGAGGACCCCCUCCCAUUCAUGUUAAGUGGUUUCGACAGGGCAUUGAAAUUCAAGAUUCUCCAGACUUCAGAAUUCUCCAGAAAA